AUGAGGUCCUCCAUUUUGUCGGCAGCUGCCUUGAUUUUCAUCCUGGGAGCUGGCGUAGAUUCGUUGGUGCAACCUCCCACUUCUCAACGGCAUCAGCGUCUCCUGAAUGUUGAUUCUGUCAAACGGCAUUCAUUUCCAAGGCAACACCAAAGUAUACAUGAGCGAUAUUCUUCCUUCUCGCAGUCUCCAGACUGGUACACGGAUUCGCCAACCAGGCAUGCGCCCGUGUCAGCAUAUCAAGAGCAGAAACGAAUAAUUCAGAACACCAAAACACCAUCACCGAACGAAGUUUUGUGGAUGCGCCAUGCCACCAUCGACGACAUUCCUGCACUUCAACAAUGUAACAGAGCUCUUUUGCCAGAGAACUAUCCAGACGGAUUCUACGAAGAUUAUCUGCGGCAGUUUCCGGACUUGACAGUCAUUAUCGAAUCCUUUUCGGUGGAAGAAUCUACUGAAGGUCAUGGUCCCAAUUCCUCGUCAUCGUCGGUAUCAUCAGCACAACCAGUUCCGAUAGCUUAUGCCAUGGGUUGCAUUCGGGAAAUUAAAGCAGCCACGAAGCAGCAGCAGCAAUGGAAAUAUCUGAAUAAGAGGGCAAAUUCGGCUGUUCGCUACGAUAACCUGGGUUAUCGUCCUCUUGUGCGCAGUGGCCAUACAAUUUCUCUAGCAGUCAUGCCGACUCAUCGUAAACUGGGAUUGGCUACGAAGCUAUUGGACUACCUUCACGAUGCCAUGAAGCACCGGUACGGGGCAGUCGUCUGUGACUUAUCGGUUCGAAUGUCCAAUGAAAGGGCCAUUAGGCUCUACGAGAAUCAUGGAUAUAACGUAUCUGAGCGACUUUACAAUUACUACAAGAACGGGAAGCUGGAAGAUGGGCUCAAGAUGCAAAAGGUGCUUUCUGAUUAUUCAAGUAGCAGUCCUGAAAGUCAAAUCACCUUGCCACAACAAAUGCUUUUACAACGACCGCAGAAAAACUUUGAUUCCGUUUCGCAAUGGUAA